AUGUCUUCAUCUCCAGUAAAGCGCGUGGCCGUGAUUGGCGUCGGCCCUGCUGGCGCCAUUACAAUAGAUGCAUUGGCCCGUGAGAAAACCUUUGAUAUCAUAAGAGUUUUUGAGCGUCGCGAAGGACUGGGAGGAUGUUGGAUAGGCGAUACCACGGCGCCACCCGCAGAGACUAACUUUGAUGCGCUCGCCAAACGAACUGCUGACGUGCCGCUUCCUAUUCCAGCGCAGCUGCCCGCAUUUACACCCAAAUCCGACCAGCCGCGCUUUACUGAGUCGUCGGUGUACCCAUACCUCGAGACCAACAUUGAUUCGCUCCCGAUGGAGUUUAGCCAGGAACCCAUACCCCCAGAGAAAAGUCAACGGUCGAUAGCGCUUCAUGGAAAAGAUACACCAUUCAGACACUGGCGCGUCAUGCGUGACUACGUUGCGAGUCUGGUGGAGAGGAAUGGCUAUCAAGACUACGUCUCAUACAGCACCACCGUCGAACGAGCCGAGAAAAUCAAUGGGGAGUGGAAGCUCACUUUACGCAAAGAGGGCAAGACUCAAGAUUAUUGGUGGAGCGAGUAUUUUGAUGCCGUCAUUGUUGCCACAGGCCAUUAUUCUGUUCCUUAUAUUCCUGCCAUUCCGGGGUUGGAACAGCUACAAAAGUCGCGCCCGGGGAGUGUUGUGCACAGUAAGCACUUUCGAGGCAACCAUCUGUUCAAAGGCAAACGUACCGUGGUUGUAGGGGCAUCUGUCUCGGCGGGAGACAUUGCUUUUGAUUUGACCCAAGUUGCCGAAGCACCUGUCCACGCCAUCAAGAUUGGACACACUGUAAACGGCUAUUUCGGAGAGGAAGCAUUCAACCACCCUCUAAUCAAACAGCAUCCAUCAAUAGACCGUAUCGAGGGCCGAACCGUCCACCUCAUUGACGGCAGCUCGAUUACCAACGUCGACCAUAUCAUCUUUGGAACCGGCUACAGCUGGACGCUGCCAUUCUUGCCAGCAGUGCCAGUGCGCAACAACCGAGUACCCAAUCUUUACCAGCACGUCGUCUGGCAGGGCGACCCCACACUGCUCUUUGUCGGUGCCGUGAAUGCCGGCCUGACUUUCAAAGUCUUUGAGUGGCAGGCAGUGUAUGCGGCCCGUCUGCUCGCGGGACGGGCUACGCUGCCGCCGCUGGAGGAGCGGCGCGAGUGGGAGGCGGAGAGGAUCAGGGCUCGCGGCGACGGAGCCAAGUUUGCGCUCGUGUUUCCAGACUUUGAAGACUAUUUUGAAAAGCUGAGGGAGCUCGCGGGCCACGGGGAAGGCGGCGUGGGGAGGAGGUUGCCCCCGUUUAGACGGGAAUGGUUUCGCGCAUUCUUGGAGGGCCACGAGCGGCGAAAGGCGCUCUGGCGAAGGAAAAAUGCAGAAUACUCUGAAAGUCAGAAGGAGGUCUCGAAAACGAAUGAAAAGCCAAGACCUCGACUUUGA